AUGCUUUUGAGUGAUCGGAUGCUGGGAAGCUCCUUCGUCUUCCAGACGGUUACCGGGGUGCUGGGGAACGCAGUGAUGUUCUUAAUGUAUAUCUCCGUCUUCAUUUCUCAGCCCCAGCAGAAGAAACCCACCGACCUUAUUCUCGGCCACUUGACCGUGAGCAAUACCAUCACCCUUCUCACGCGGGGCGUCCCGGAGACGAUGGCGGCCUUCGGGAUGAAGAAUAUUCUGGAUGAUGUCGGCUGCAAGACGGUCGUGUACUUGAGGAGAGUGGCCCGGGGCCUGUCCAUCUGCACCACCUGCCUCCUGAGCGUGCUCCAGGCCGUCACCGUCAGCCCCGGCACCUCCCGGUGGUCCCGGUUCAAACCCAGAGCCCCCCGUUACAUCCUCCCCUCCUUCCUCUUCUUCCGGAAGCUUAAUCUGUUGAUCUACAUCAAUUUAAUAGCCUCCGCCCGAGCCACCAGAAAUAUCACCUCCACGGGCAACACUUACCUUUCCAAAGACUGUCCUACCAUCCCCAAGAGUAACGAAUUCAGCGUCGCGGCCACUCUAACGGCCAUCACCGUACGCGAUCUCUUCUUCGUGCUCCUCAUGAGCGGGGCCAGCGGCUACGUGGCGAUCGUGUUACACCGACACCACGGGCGAGUCCGGCACAUCCACGGCACCGGCCGCUCCGCCGCUUCCUCCGCCGAGACCCGGGCCAUUCACACCAUCCUGCUCCUCGUCUGCUGUUUCGUCUGCAUCUAUUGCAUCGACAGCUGCGUCAGCUUCUACAUAGGUUUCUUGACGGAUUACGACGGUGGGCUGCAGAGCGCCACCGCCUUUCUGUCGGCGUGCUACCGCUCCAUCUGCCCCUUGGUGCUCCUCAGCGGGGAUCCCCGCAUCCCCAAGCCUCAGUGUUUCACUGACAGGGGGAGAAAUCCCUCUUCCUUCCUGGAGUCCUCGGAUAAACGCGUCACCCCCUAA